AUGGAAAACCAUACAUACAACAGCCUCACUCUUCGGAUGGAGGGGUUACGGGUCACCAAGACUAACAAGUACCCUAUCUUCUUAUUCCUGCUCUUGGCUUACAUGUUCAUCCUCAUUGCCAACGUGGGCAUUUUGACACUGAUCUGGAAAGAGAGGAGCCUCCACCAGCCGAUGUACCUCCUCUUCUGUAACCUGUCGGUGAACGACGUUAUGGGAAACUCUCUCCUUGUUCCCCGGGUGCUCUCAGACAUCAUGGUGCCGCCGUCUGAACGCUUUAUUCACUACUAUGAAUGUCUGGUACAAGCGUUCAGCACACACAUGUUUGGCACCAACUCUCACACUGUGCUCAUGGCUAUGGCUUUGGACAGAUAUGUGGCCAUCUGUCAUCCAUUGCGCUAUGCUACCAUAAUGAACGGCACCAUGGUGAUUAAGCUGAGCGUUUCUGCCUGGGGAGUGGGUUUCGUUUUAGUGGCCGUUCUGCUCGGUCUGACCAUACGGCUGAACCGGUGUCGGACCUUAAUCACAAGCCCUUACUGCGAUAAUGCCUCCAUCUUCAAACUAUCCUGUGAGAAUGUGUUUGCCAAUAACGUGUACGGCCUCACGUUUACUGUAGUCCUGCUCACGGCCUCUAUCGGCGGUGUAGUCCUCACCUAUUUCAAAAUAACAGCAGCAUGUUUGACCAGCAAGAGCAAGUCUUUGAACACCAAAGCCUUGAAGACCUGCAGCACACAUCUGUGCCUGUAUCUCAUGAUGCUUGUCAGUGGGUUUCUCCCCAUCAUCCUCCAUCGCUUCCCCCAGUACCCAGAGUACAGGAAGAUAGCGACCAUUAUGUUUCACGUUGUUCCUGGCAGCCUGAACCCCCUCAUCUACGGGCUGCAGUCCAAAGAAAUACACAAGUGUUUGUCAAAUAUAUUCCAUCUAAAACAAGUGAAACCCUCCAUUUGA